AUGGCUGAAAAAUGCAACUCAAAUCGCAGUGCAUAUACCAUUGACUUGAAUACCUUCACCAAGAGGCUGCAGGCUCUCUAUGCAAACUGGCGCCAGCACAAAAACGAGCUAUGGGGUUCGUCAAAUUACCUUGUCGUGGCCACAUCGCCUCCUUCAGAAGAUUUACGCUACUUGAAAUCCUCUUCCCUCAACAUAUGGCUGCUUGGUUAUGUGUUCCCCGAGACAAUCAUAGUUUUUGGGGACAAGCAAAUCCAUUUUCUGUGCAGCCAAAAGAAAGCGUCUUUGCUAGAGGCAAUUAAAAAGCCCGCCAAAGACGCAUUGUCCUUGAAUGUUGUCAUGCAUGUGAAGGAGAAAAAUGAAAAUGGGAACAAUCAGAUGGAUUCGAUUCUCCACGCUAUCCGUUCAGAAUUCAAGUCGAGUGACCAAAAUGCUCCUACAGUUGGAUGCAUAGCCCGAGAACCUCCAGAAGGGAAACUCCUCGAGACUUGGUUCGAAAAAUUGAAAAAAACAGGUUUUGUACUGACUGAUAUAACCAGUGGGCUUUUCAAUCUUUUUUCCGUGAAGGAUAAAAAUGAAAUCACCUACAUAAAGAAGGCUGCGUAUAUAACCGCCUGCACCGUGAAGAAUUUUGUGGUCCCGAAAGUCGAGAAGGCGAUCGACGAGGAGAAAAAAGUGACGCAUGCCUCACUUACGAAAGACACAGAAAAGGCCUUACUGGACCCUGUAAAUAUCGACCUGAAAUUGAAAGCUGAAAAUGUGGAUAUAUGUUAUCCUCCGAUCUUUCAGAGUGGAGGCAAAUUUGACCUCCGGCCAAGUGCAUCGAGCAAUGACGAGUAUCUCUACUACGAUUCUUCCAGCAUCAUAAUCUGCUCGGUCGGGUCCCGCUACAAUAGCUACUGCUCGAAUAUCGCCAGGACUUACCUUAUCGACUCGGAUGCUGUGCAGAGCAAGGCGUACAGAGUCCUUCUUCGGGCCCAUGAGGCGGCUAUUCUUGCGGUGAGGCCAGGGAAAAAAGCCCGUGUGGUCUACGAGGCUGCUCUCUUUGUGGUGAAAACCGAUGCUCCUGAGUUUGUCCUUCAUCUGACAAAAUCUGCAGGGACAGGCAUCGGUCUCGAGUUCCGUGAGUCUGGGCUGAGGCUCGAUGCGAAGAACGAGAAAGUGCUGAAAGCGGGGAUGGCCCUUAAUGUUUCGAUCGGUUUUCAGAAUCUACAGUCGAAGACGAAAAAAAACAACCCGAAAACCCAGAAUUUCUCGAUGCUGCUUGCUGAUACGGUUCUCGUCACGGAAGGCGGACGUGACGUUGCCACGUCAGCCAGCUCGAAAUUGUUCAAGGAUGUCGCGUACUCCUUCAACGAAGAGGACGAUUUAGACGAGCCGCUGAGAAAGAAAGCAAAGUCUGAUGAUAACAAUGCCGAAGAAAAAGAAUUUGUGUCCUCCUCCAAAGCAACCCUCAGAUCCGGCAACGGUGAGUUGUCCAAGGAGGAGCUCCGAAAGCAGCACCAGGCAGAGCUUGCCCGGAAGAAAAACGAGGAGACUGCCCAGCGGAUUGCCGGAGUUGAGUCGGGCGAUGUGAACGGGCGGGCCGCGUCUCGGAUUGCAUACAAGAGCGUGAAUGAGCUCCCGCCUAUCCGAGAUAUGAUGACGGUCCAGGUCGACCAGAAAAACGAGUCCAUCCUGAUUCCCAUCUAUGGCUGCAUGGUCCCUUUCCAUGUGUCUACCGUGAAAACCGCCACAAGCCAGCAGGACACGAACCGGAGCUGUUACGUUCGGAUCGUAUUUAAUCUGCCCGAGACCACCCAUCAGAGUGCCGUUUACCUGAAGGAGGUCUCCUUCAGGUCCAAGGACUCGAGGCACAUAAACAAGGUGGUCCAGCUGAUAAAGACUCUCAGGCGAAAUGUGAUGGCUCGGGAGUCCGAGCAAGCCGAUCGAGCUUCCCUCGUCACCCAGGAGAAGCUCGUCGUACUCUCCAGUAACAAGUUCAAGCCGAUACGCCUGCACAACCUGUGGAUACGCCCCGCGUUCGGGAGGAAACUGACCGGCACGCUUGAGGCCCAUCAGAACGGUUUUCGUUACUCGACUUCGAGGGCCGACGAGCAUGUCGACAUCAUGUACGGCAACAUCAAGCACGUGUUUUUCCAGCCGGCUGAAAAGGAAAUGAUCACCCUCGUUCAUUUCAACCUCCACGAUCACAUCAUGGUACGGAACAAGAAGACUAAGGAUGUCCAGUUCUACGUGGAGGUCAUGGAGAUGGUCCAGAACAUCGGUGGUGGCCGGAAAAAGUCGGCCCACGACCCAGACGAGAUCGAGGAGGAGCAGAGGGAACGUGACCGAAAGAACAAGAUAAACGCGGAUUUUCAGCAAUUUGUGGGCCGGGUGAAUGACCUGUGGGGCCAGGCCCAGCUCCGUAGCUUGGGCCUGGAGUUCGACCAGCCCGUGAGAGAGCUCGGCUUCCAUGGAGUUCCUUUCAAGUCGUCGGCUUUCAUAGUCCCGACCUCGGCCUGUCUCGUCGAGCUGAUCGAGAUGCCCUUCCUUGUGAUCUCGCUUGCCGAUAUCGAGAUUGUUAACCUGGAGCGAGUCGGGCUGGCCCAGAAGAACUUUGACAUGGCGAUCGUGUUCAAGGACUUCAAGAGGGACGUGAUGCGGAUCGACUCCAUCCCGUUCAGCUCGUUCGACGGGAUAAAGGAGUGGCUGGACACGACUGACAUCAAAUAUUACGAGAGCCGGCUUAACCUCAACUGGCGUUCGAUACUGAAGAAGUUUACUGAUGACCCUCAGGAGUUUGUAAAUGAAGGCGGGUGGGAGUUUCUGAACCUGGAAGGCACGGACUCGGAUUCAGAUGACUCGUCCGAGUCGGACCAGGGUUACGAGCCGUCGGAUGUUGAGCCCGAGUCGGAGUCUGAUGAUGAUGACUCGGACAGCAAGGCUCUUGUGGAGUCUGAAGAUGAUGACGAGGAUGAGGAGGUGGAAGAGGGGAAGACAUGGGAAGAGCUCGAGAGGGAGGCUAGCAAUGCGGAUAGGGAGAAAGGGAAUGAAUCGGGCAGCGAGGAGGAGCGGAAGAGAAGAAGUGUUGGUUCCAAGAGAAUGAGAUUUAGGUAG